UUCACUAGUGUCUGCCCAGCGUUUGGUUAUCGGUCUGGAGGGUGUUGACGUCUUUCACUGUCACCAUAAGAUGGACGGAACAAUUGCAGUCUGAUGAAAAGGCAUCAUUUCGCCAAUUAACGGAAUUAGGUGUGCGUCCGUGAUUUUUCCGGAUUUACGCAAACUUUAAUCUAUUAGAGAUGUAUUCUAAUUGUUGUGGUCGCUGCUGAGGUUUCUGGUAUUGCUAUUAUUCUAUACUGUUAUUGGACUUUUAUCUUGUUUAAAUAUGAAGUUGGUUUUGGUCCCGAAGCGCGCAACAGCUCGUUGGAUUACGUGUCCAAGACUUUCUCAAACUCUUGGAUAAUCGUCAUCUUAUUUUCUCCACACACCUUAACCUAGUUUCUCCAUAUUGUCGUCCUGUAAUGGAGAGUUGGCUUCGACCCAGACUCUGUUUUGUGACCAAAGGACCGAGCGGGUAUGGAUUCCACUUGCACGGUGAGCGGAAUAAAGGCGGGCAGUUUAUUCGCAAAGUCGAGCCGGGUUCUCCAGCUGACCUGGCCGGACUGAAACCUGGAGAUCGGGUGGUAGAGGUCAAUGGGGAAAAUGUGGAAAACGAAAGUCAUUGUCAAGUGGUGGAACGAAUCUCUGAAGUACCUCAUCGCACAAGGCUGCUGGUGGUGGACAGAGACACAGAAAAAUACCUGAAAAGCUGUGGUCUGGCAUGUACAGAGGACCUAGCUGUUGAGAUGGGAACGCUUUCUCCACGGAUCUCACUCCCAUACAGCCCCACACCUUCUCCAAUACAAAGAGAGACGCCCUCUCUGUCACCUACAUUCAAGUACGCACACUUAUUUCACCCUUCUGCUGGAGACUCGCUCACACGGGAAAUCACACGAGACAAGGUCAAAAGAGCCUCCCUGACAUCAAGUACGGCCACUGACAUAGAGCUGCAGUUGGACAACACGUCACAGUCAGUGUCUACGCUCCUUCCCCGACUGUGCCAUCUGGUGAGGGGCAAGCAUGGCUUUGGCUUUAACCUGCACAGUAAUAAGACAAAGCCUGGACAGUUUAUACGAUCUGUUGACCCACAUUCAGCAGCAGAGAGAGCAGACAUCAGACCUGGAGACAAACUGGUGGAGGUGAAUGGAGUGAACGUGGAGGGCCUGAGGCACUCUGAGGUGGUGGCGCUGAUUAAAACAGGAGGAGAGGAAAUCCAGCUCCUCAUGGUUGACCAGGAAACAGACGAGCUCUUUCGCAGACUAGGAAUCACCCCUACCAGCCACCACAUCAACGAGGUCUUUGUGGACAGACCAGCUUCAGAACACAUGCUGAACACUCCUCCUGUCGAGCUCUCUGCCACAGACACACCAGUCAUAAAUAUGACAUUUACAGACACCACAAACAAAGAAGGAUUCGCGCAGUGCCGUGCGUAUAGGAGCUCAGAAUCCUAUUCCUCCAGGAGUUCCACUUCACAGUCAGACGUCAACAGCUCAGAAAUUAGUUUUCAGGUUCCUGAUGAGGAUGACGGGUGUGUUUCAGAUCCUUUCGUAGACAAUUGCUUGCGUCUAAGUCCAACAGCAGCUGAAGCUAAGCAAAACUUUUUUGCGGGGCGUAACAAGAAGACAGCACCAAAGAUGGACUGGAGCACAAAAAAAGAGAUUUUCAGCAAUUUCUGAACUAAGUAAAAUUAGAAAAGGUGGAAUUUGAGAAUAUGGAAUGAUUUAAUCACUCCUCAUUACAGGGCUGAGGAAACCAGAGAUUCAUUCCAAAUAGUUUGAUGACUCCUUUGUGACUCACAGUGGCGUUUACAGAGAAAACGUGUUUCAAACAGAGACUGUUACAGCGUGUGACUAAGUAGGUAAAACACUUCAUGUGAUGAACCGUUCGAUUGCCAACAGGGCUAAACCCACUGUUGAUCUUCUAAAUACACUUGUGUAACACCACAACUAGUGGAGUAUCUAUGGAGUUUGUGGAUAAAAGACCUUGUCAUGUAUAGUUCACAUAUUGUAGUGUUCAGCUGUUUGGUCCAAAUAUUUUUCUGUCAGUUAUCAUUGUCCUUUAUCCUGCUAAGAGUAGCAGCUUUAAACAAAGGACAAUGUCUUCAGGAAGAGAUCAUGUGUGGGUGCGUCAUAAGAACAACAACACCCUACAAAAAGAAAAGGGAUCGUAUACCAGGAGAUCACGAAACACCGUUUAACCCAGAGCCUGUUAUCACGAUUUUGUGUGAUUUUGGGCCACGUUUUCAGACAAGCUUUAUUGAAACGUCUGCAGAGUUGAUUUUAUUUCAGUGAAAUUGUAUUUCACUUGUAUUUCAGGUUUACUGUCUUCACUUUAAAAUACCUAUUUUGUAUAAAUAUGACGGGGCCGAGGCUACGUGCAUGUUAUACACCAGUGUGUCUUAAUUUUAGACUUAUUGUUGACUUAAUGAUAAAGUUAAAGAGCUUUUCUUUUAGGUUACAUGGGAUCAUUUUCUAAUAAACACACUUAAUCAUUCCUACUAAUUAUAAAGUUAAAUAAAGAAGUCUUAUCGUCUCUCCGAUGGUGCACUUCAUUUGUUAUAAAAAUGAUUUAAUGCUGAAUAUGCUGACCUGGACCUUAGGUGAAGGGUUUUUUAAGGGGGUGUCUGACAAUGACAAGAAUUUAAUUUGACAUUUUUAGGUCACAACACCUGGGCAAAACCCAUCACAAAUAACAAUUCUUACAAAUAUUACAUAUUUAUGCUAAUAACAGCUGAGAAUAACGGUUGGCUGAUAUUGUUGGAGUUCCAUAUUUUUUUCAUAUUCAUAUUCUUCUAUUUUUUUAAAUAACUUUAAUCUUCCUUAAACAGUCUUUAAUUUGGGCACCCACAUAUCGACACAUAAGGUAUUCUACACCUGGACCAAGUUUUGUCCAACAUACAAAAUGUACACACGGGUAGUUAAGUAAGACAACCAGGUCUGCUAUCUCAUGUCUAAUACUAAUACUGCAACCCAUAACGUCUGCCCACAUCAAUACUGCUGGAUGGAUACCCAUCACAUGUACUUUGAAUGGAUGUACUUUACCUACUACUUUUGAAGAGAAUCAGCAGCACUAUUGAAAACAGGAAACAUGAAGAGAAAUGAUCAGCCAUGGAGCUGCCAAAAAAAAAAAAAAACGUUAAAAAAUUAAACCUAAUAUGCUUAUAGAUUUUAUAAACAAAUCAAAAUCUAUGUCAUAUUGCAGGCUCAAAAAGAUUUUAUUUCCAUUUCCAUCUUUAGAAAAAGGGAUCACAAAAAGCAAAAUAAUCCAUUAAAAAACACACAAUGUACCAAAGUCUUUAAAUGUACAUAUCACACGCUCUUUAUAAUAUAUUUAGUUUCUUUCUUUGUUCCCAUUAUUUUGUACCUAAUUAAGAAGAGAUUUUCUUUAUUGGAAGAUUGUAUGUAUUAAUCUGUUACUGAAGGAACCACUACAGCAAUAUUAAAAUAACUCCAUUAGUGAAACUAAAAAAACAGUUUCCCAGAUAAAAAACACAAUAAUUAAAAACAUGAAAGAGCAAAAAAAAAAAAA